CCAAAUGGAACUAUUAAGCAAUAUCUGUCGGUAAAAUGGUUGAUAAAUCUCGCAUGGUACAUACUGGUUCAUGCUUUGUUUUCGUUACAUGUGCAACCAUGUGCAACGCAGAACGUGCGCGGAUCUAUAUUUCAAUAUAUUUCAAAAGUAUUCAGCAGUGUUCAGCAGUGGUCAGCAGUGUUCAACAGUGUUCAGAUUUUGUCCGGAAAGAAGAGAAAGAAGUAGUUUAGAGGCCUACCCGUACAAUCUAUUGAUAAGAAAUAUGAGAAAUUGUUGCGUCUCUGGAUGUUCUUCGGGCUACAAAGCUCCUCGUCAUGAGUUUCCAAAGAAUGCCGAACGGCGAAAAAAAUGGUUCGAGAUUCUGCAUAUGGAACCAUUAGAAAACGAAAAAGAAAUAAAAAAGUUGAGAGUAUGCUAUAGACAUUUUUGUGACAACGAUUUUAGCGGAUCUGGAACAAAAAGAAUAUUAUUACAGUUUGCUGUCCCAUCUGUAAAUAUUCCAUUUGUAAAUGUGCCGCAACAUAUAGCAGAAUCAGUUGAAAAUUUAGAUUACAGUGAACAUGUAGCACAACAACAAGAACAAGAAGUAUUAAACGAACAAAGUACAAUUUCACAAGAAAAACAUGAAGAAUUGGUUACAAAUAGCGAGACACAAUUACAACAGAUGCAAGAAAUAUUAAUACAGCAACAAGCAAUAUUAACACAGCAACAAGAAACAUUAAUGCAGCAACAAGAAAAAAUUUUUAAUAUUGAAGAAACAUUGAAAGUUCAAGCUAAAGCGCGACCCAAUCUUGAAGAAGUUACUCGAAAAAUCUUAUUAAGUCCUAAAGCUAGGAAGUUAUAUGAUAGAAUUGUUAAAAUGAAAAAAAUUAAAAGACAGCAAAAGAGACGUUUUAAGACUACAAAACAAAACAAGUCACAAAUAAUACAACUAAGUACAAGUAAUUUAUAAAGGGAAUGUUGAUGCAACAACACAUGUGCGGCAGAAUUUUGUAAAUAUGAUUAUAAGAAAUAAUCAUGUAGCACCACAGGUACAUCAUUCCUAAAUCCAAAUUUUAAUAUCCAUUUCUAAAUUUUUAUGAAAUUUUUAAAAUUGAAUAUAUUUAUCUACUUAAUUUUAAAUUGUAUAUACAGUACAACCUCCUUAACUUUAGCCCUUUAUAAUCUUUGCAUUUCUUUACACGUAUUUUUACAAAUACUAACAUCACAAAUACUCACAUCCCUUCCUUUUAUAGAACACCCUCACCACAGCACAAGUCUACCAAUCACCGUGUACUUUAUUCGCUUAAGUACAAGGUGAUUCGUAAACUCGGGCUGUGGUGAGAGUAUUCUAUAACUUUGGUGUUCCGCUUUUAUCGCCCCAUAGAGCCAAAGUUAAGGAGACUAUACUGUAUUUAUUUUUCUCAAUUUUUGUAAAUUUUAUUGUUCUAACUUUAUUUAUAGAUGAGACGUUUUACGCUGAAAGAAAAGAUGUUUUGUAUAAGAUUAUACCGUAGAUCUCGUUCAUCCUACUCCUUUCUGUCCAAAUACUUGCUGUGUUCUUCUAUAACUACUUUAAAUAAGCAAUUACAACGUAUUCCUUUCAAUGCAGGGUGCAAUAUGAUUACGUUUAAAUAUUUGAAGUUAGUUGCAAAGGAAGUAGAUUCCAGAGAUUUAAACGUAGUUUUACUGUGGGAUGAAAUGUCAUUAAAACCUGCCGUACAUUAUGAUAAAAAAAGAGAUAUAAUAAUUGGAUUUGAAGAUUGGGGAAUGCGCAGAAAAAGAAACUUUGCCGAUCACGCAAUCUUAUUUUAUAUUCGAUGCCUUGCAUCGGGGAAUCACAUGGCUCUUGGAUACGGGUUUUGUGAAAGCGCAACUCGAAGUAUUCAACUAGUACAGUGCAUUAAACAAUGGCUGAAUAUGAUAGUAAAAUGCGGUUUUAAACUUGUUGCUACUGUCUGCGAUCAAGGAGGACCAAAUGUUGCAGCCAUAAAUAUGUUAAUAAAAGAGGCAAAUGAAAAACGAAUAAAGCAACAUAAGAUUCCUGAAAAUACAUUUAUCGUAGCCAAUUGUGAAGUUGUACCUUUGUACGAUUAUGUACACUUACAAAAAGGUGUACGCAAUAAUUUGCUAACAAAAGAUUUGGUUGUUGAUAAAUUUAAAAAAGAGUCUGAGAGACAAUUCGCCUCAUGGAACGACAUUAUUACUGUAUAUGAAAUAGAUAAAUAUUCUUUCUUAAAACAGCGUCAAAUGCCAAAAUUGACCAAUAAACACAUUUUUCCAAAUUGUAUUCCCAAAAUGAGAGUAAAAUAUGCGACACAAGUAAUUAGCCAUACAGUAGCAAAUUUCAUUGAUGUCAUUCUGACAUGGAAUCAAGGUCUUGUAGAUACUUCUAAAGGACAAAUAGUCUUGUCGCCCAAUGCUGCAAUAACAGCAGACACAUUACUAUUUUUUGACGAUUUAUUUGACUCUUUCAACAGAAAAGAACGUAAAUCAUUAUCAAGUAUAAUAAGCUCAUCUAGUAAUCACAUAGCAUUUGUUUUUUCAGUCAUAACACAGCCCUACAUUGAACAAGAUUUAGUAAUAUCACGUAUUAUUAAAAUUGAAAUUAAUAUUAACUCCCCCCCCCCGUCCU